AUGAAUCCGGAUCCUCAAGAUUUGUCACCACUCACGAUCUCGUCAUCCACUUCCGGAACCCCCACAUCAUCCUCCUCUUCGAGACCAAAUAUGGUGAAAAAACCAUCAACAGAACCAAAAAGAAGACGAGUCACACGUGCUUGUGAUACAUGUCGUUCCAAGAAAGUCAAAUGUGAUGGUAGACAACCCUGUAUUCAUUGUACAGUAUACUCAUUCCGUUGUACUUAUGACGAACCAAACAUUAGAAACAAAAAGAACUCAGGUAUACCUAAACCAUCACUGCCCAAUGUUGUUGCUGCGUUACAAGCAGCAGCAGCAAACGGUACAUUGUAUGGCGACAACACUCAAUUAGUGAAAGCUUCUCCUGCUAAUGCCAGUGUUGGAGUUGGAGCUGGCGCGGGUGCGGGUGCGGGUGCGGGUAAUUCCUCCGCUGGUGUUGGUUCUGGUGGUGCCAACAACAAGGCAAAUGCAACUGGUGGAGCUACUGGUGGUAUUGCUCCGUCAAAUGUUCCAAAUGGUAUACCAGUGGACACAUUUCCGACAAAGAAUUUAAUUAUUGCUCAACAAAUAAUCAGCGCAUUGCUCCCUAAACUACAAUUCAACUGUUUGGAUCAGAAUUUAAAUUUUGAUUUGGACAGGUUUCAAAAAAUUGUUUCAUACAUGACUCAAAAAUCAUCCUCAUUGGCACUAAAUACCAAUGAAAUUGCUGAUUUGAUGCAUGAUAAGGAGACUAUUGUACCCCCACCAAGAAAAGCAUCCACUGAAACUAUCAGCGAAGACUACAGUGCCAACACCCCCCGCGAAGUCAAGUUGAUACUUCCAAGCAAAGAAGAGGCAUUAGAAUUGAUAUACACAACUUGGAAUAAGGCAUGUGUGUUGUUUAGAUUUUACCAUCGUCCAUCACUUAUUCAAGAGAUCGACUUGCUAUAUUCAUUAGACCCUAGUGAAUACGGUGACCGACAACAAAAAUUUCUCCCGUUUCUUUAUUCUAGUUUAGCAUGCGGAUGUUUGUUCAGCAAAUCACCUUACAAAAAGACCAGCCAUAAUGAAAACUUGGAAGAUGAUGGGUUCAAAUACUUUUUGGAAGCAAGAAAGCUCAUGGAUAUCACAAAUGUUGGUGAUAUAAGUUCAAUUCAAACUAUUGUCAUGAUGAUUAUGUAUUUACAAUGUUCAGCUAGAUUAUCCACUUGCUAUUCAUACAUUGGUAUAGCUCUUCGAAGUGCAUUAAAAGAAGGGUUGCAUCGUAAUUUAUCCAUUUUCCAAAAUUCCAAGCGCAAAUUAGAUCCAAUGGAAAUCGACACUAGGAAGCGUUUGUUCUUCACCAUUUACAAAAUGGACAUCUAUAUCAAUAGUUUAUUGGGAUUGCCUCGCUCUCUUACCGAGGACCAAUUUGAUCAAGAGUUACCAGAUGAUUUAGAUGAUGAAAACGUCACCAGACAAGGAUAUUUGUUUGAUAAACAAGGAGGAAGAUUGAGCUCAGCUGGGUGUGCAAAUUACCACACAAAAUUGAUGUUUAUAUUGUCACAUAUUCUCAAGGAAUUAUACCCCGUCAAAAUUACGAAUAGUGAAGAAAACAAGUAUCUACAUGACAACUCCAACUUGAGUCAUGUUCACAAUUCUAAUCAGUCGCACCCGUCACCCGCAAGCCUGCAAGUAUCGCCACACUCGCAGCCACCAAGCUCAAACCCAAUGAAGCAGGAAUCAUUACACUCAUACACAAACUCUUCAACAGCUUCGACAUCGACCUUGGGAAAAAACUCACUGACGUCAACUACUCCCUUGCCAUCAACACCAGAUAGGAUACAUACCAAAGUCACCGAACUAGAGAUGGAAUUGAAGGUUUGGUUAGACAGUUUGCCACGUGAACUACAACCAACCGAUCCAAACGUGAAGCGAACGGAUAUUCCUGAAAAAUUUGUUCUUGCCAAUUAUUAUCUACAUUUAUCGUUUUUGAAUUGUCAAAUUAUGCUUUAUCGUCCUUUUAUUCAUUUCGUCAGUGAUUCAAUGAAUGGGUCAUUGUCUGAUCCAAGAUCGCUAAUUAGAGGACGUAAUUGUAUCAAGAUUGCCCGUAUGGUUGUGAAAUUGGCAAACAAAAUGAUUGACGAGCAAUUGUUGAUUGGGACUUAUUGGUUUUCGAUGUAUACCAUCUUUUUCAGUAUCGCAUGUUUGAUGUAUUACUUUCAUUUUGCAAACUACAACAAUAAUGGACUUGGCGUUAAUGCGUGUGGGGUGUUAUUUGAUGAUGACUUGAACGUUGAAGUAAUCAAAAAGGAUAUCGAAAUUGGUAAAAAAGUUUUGGAUUCGUUGAAGGAUUCUUCCAAUAGUUCGUUGCGUAUUUACAACAUGUUGAAUACGUUGUUUGAACAAUUGAAUCGCAGAACUGCGUCCAAAACGAUGCACAAGAAGAAACAACAACAGCAAGAAUCACCACCACAACAACAGAAACAUCAACAGCAAAUGUCUUCGCAUUCAAAUCAACAACAGGCUCAACAAUUUGAAGAAGCGCAACAGCAAAUGCAACAGAAUGCCAAUUUGCUACUUCAAGACAACGUCAAGAGUACAUUUAAACAUUUUGAUGAAAAUAAUCGAUAUGUCUAUCAUGAGAAAAAGGACGAUUUAGGUGAAUUUUUCAAAGAUGCCAGCAUCGCUCGAUUUCAAUCAACAUCAGAAAUCCCCAAAGAUUUAGCCAAUAUUGAAAAACUUCUGAUUAUCAAAGAAGAAGAAAAUGAAGAGAUUGGUGAAAAUGCAGGAGCGGGACUAACUUCCAAUUACAUGCCGGGUGUUUUUGAUAAGCUUGAUGCGCAAAUUUUUGGCAAAAUACUCCCACCUUAUAUGUAUAAUCAACAACACGUUCCAAGUAACCAGAAACCACAAUCACAAUCACAGCCACAACUAUUACAGCAACAAGCACAGACACAAUCGCAACCAGAACCGUUCCAGCCACCUCAACAACAAUUUUCUGGACAGGCAGAGCAACAUCAAUUCACCCAAUACGAAUCAGAACAAGGAAGUAACAUCUACAAUUCCCAAAACUCAUUUGUUGCAAACAACAAUGGUGACAACUACAACACAGAUGAGGAUUUGAAUUUUGAAGAGAUUUUUGGAGCAUUGGAUGGAUUUGCGCCUGGGAAUAUAGGCGGAGGUGGUAGUAAUAAUCCUAUUGAUUAUUUAGCACCAUUUUGA